UUUUUUUCUCCUCCUUUGUGUUUAUUUUAGCUUUCCGACAAAUUUUUAAAUUUAAUCUGUCUUAUAAUGGAAGAAUGGACACCUACUGCAAUGUCUUAUGAAGAAGCAAGUAGUACACUCAAAAAAUGGCGGGAAGAGCACGCAAGACGUUCAGAAGAUGUUGUGGAAAUAUGGGAAUUUGUAUUGAGUCGAUAUUGUGCUGCUUUGGGUGAUGAACUUUGGGUUGUUUUGGAACAGGUAGCAAUCGCAGCUUUAGACCAAGCCCGUCACGAUUUGGCAAUUGAUUGUAUUCAACAAUUACACCAACAAUUCCCCAAAAGUAUGAGAGUUACAAAACUUCAAGCAAUGCGUUUAGAAGCUAUUGGGAACUAUGAAGAUGCUGAUAAACUUUACGAAAAGCUUAUUGAGGCUGAUGAAACUAAUCAAGUAUUUCGAAAACGUCGAAUUGCUAUUUUGAUAGCUAAAGGGGAAAGGCAGGGAGCAAUACGCGAAUUAAAUAAAUAUUUGGAAAGCUUUGGAACGGAUACAGAAGGGUGGCUGCAACUUUCUGAGCUUUUUCUUCAAGAAGGGGAUUAUACUAGAGCGGCAUUUUGUUUUGAGGAAUUAAUUCUUUCAAAUCCACACAAUUCUUGUUAUUUACAAAAAAUGGCAGAAAUACGUUAUACACUGGGAGGGCAAGAAAAUAUUGAAUUGGCAAAAAGUUAUUUUGAAAAAUCGGCUUCAAUAUCCUCCAGUGCUGCUUCACUUUAUGGAUUGAUUUUGUGUUACAACCAACUUUCCCAAAAAGCUUCUGGACAGCGUAAACACGAAAUUGUUUUGGCUGGCCAAAAUAUUUGUGAUCGUUUACUGUUAUUAUACGACAAUGAAGAAACAGAUCCAUCUUCAAAUGAGCUUAUUGAACGGCAACCAAAUUUUGAUAAACAAAUUGGGGUUAUUAAAUUUUUAAAAAGUUGUUUUAAAGAAUGA